UUUUACGGUUUUUCAUUAUUGGUACUAUAAAAUAGUUUAAAACAAACCACUAGUAUCAAAAUUAUUAUCGAACAACUGGAAAGGCUUGAUAUAUAUAUACAUUGUCAUUUACCUUUAAGGACUGAAGUCAUGUGGAAAUACAUAUUUAUCACAAUAAUUUCAAGUUUAAUUGUUACCAUUUAUGCUGAAUACAGUUAUGAAGAUUGCAAAGCUUUAGGAUUCAAUAAACUUGAUUUAUAUUGCUCAUCUUGUCAUGAACUAGACAGUUUUGGAUUAGGAAUAAUAAAAGACCACUGUUUGGAGUGUUGCAACAAAGAUGAUGACGAUUUGAUUGCUCCGAAGUAUCCUAAAGCAGUUUUGGAAGUAUGCACAUGCAAAUUCGGAGCUUAUCCUCAAAUUCAAGCAUUUAUCAAAAGUGACAGACCAUCUAAAUAUCCUAAUUUGCAAAUCAAAUACGUCCGUGGUUUAGAUCCUAUGAUAAAGCUUUUGGACAAAGAUGGUACUGUCAAAGAAACGUUAUCGAUUACAAAAUGGGAUACAGACACUGUGGAAGAAUUCCUUGUAGAGCGAUUGAUAUCUGAUGAAGAAGAAUAUUUAAAAACGAAUGCCUUAUGA